AUGGAAGGAGGAGAAUCUCUGAUGAAGGAUCUUAGGGAACCAGCGGAAGAUGACAGGUCGACUAAGAAGGCUAAGUUCAGAGAGGGGGAAGGCGAAGGCGAGUUUGUUCCACCGGCUGUCAUGUCUUUCCGCGACAAACUUGUGCAAUCUGAUAAGGAACGUGAGGAGGCACUCGCAGGGUUUACUGACGAUUUUGCAGUCGAAGAUGAAGAUGUCUCUAUUAUUAGAGAUAAGGGAAUGCCAACUAUCUCCUUCUCCGGGAGGGUCAUAGAAGAAUUGUCAAAACAAUGGCGUUUGACAGUGGUAGUUAAGUUACUUGGUAGGCCGAUUGGCUACCGUAAUCUUUGUAACAGACUUGAUUCGUUGUGGAACUUUGUUGAUUCUUUUGAUGUCAUUGAUCUUGAUAAUGAUUAUUUCCUCGUCAAGUUCAGGAAUGAUUAUGAUUUAAAAUCAGUGAUUACUGGAGGUCCGUGGGUUAUGCUUGGCCAUUAUCUGUCAGUCCAAGAAUGGUGUCCAAGUUUUGAUUGUUCGAAUGAUCAAAUUAGAUUUAUCAAUGCUUGGAUCAGGCUGCCUCGUAUGCCAAUCCAUUAUUACAAUAAGAAAGUCCUUAGAUACAUUGGGUCGGUAGUGGGGCGAGUUGUGAAGAUCGACUACUGCACUGAGGCAGCUGAGAGAGGCAAGUUUGCUCGUAUUGCCGUGGAACUAGAUCUUAAAAAACCUUUGGUGUCUCAAUUUUGUCUGGAUGGUAACGUUCAAUUUGUUGAAUAUGAGUGUCUCCCCCGUAUAUGUUUUGAUUGCGGCAGAUUUGGCCAUGUGAAAGAUGACUGUCCGCAUAAAAUCAGCAAUGCUAUGGCAAAUGAAUCUAGGACAGGAGGAACUAGUAUUCCGGCCGAUGCAGGGAAGGAGAAGGUGAAUUCCGGGGAGGAAGUUAUAAAUGGUAACCCUAGUUUCGGUCCUUGGAUGAUGGUGGGUAGAAAAGGUAAGAUGAGUGGGAAUAGUGGCUAUCCUCGAAAAAAUCAUAAUAUUAUUCCGAAUAAGGAAAACAAGAACCCUAAGAACAGAUUUGAUGCACUGAUUUCGGAAGAAAUUGAAGAGGAAAAGGUGGAGGAUUUAAUGCCUAACUUGGUGGAGGAGAAUCCCAUUCCUCACAGAUCUAAGGCGAAGAAUAAGGCAACCAAUAUAAGACCCACGCUGUUGAAGGAUUCUCAUGCAGAAAAAGUCGUUUCUACCCCUGCUUCAUCUAGUGAUGGUAAUCCUAGAAAAGCCCUUACCGAUAUGUCCAACAUGGCUGCCCAUAAUGCCAAUAAGAAAUUCAUUGUUACUAAAGCCCACACCUCUCUUGAUACGAAAAAUCAUACUGCUGUUAACGUUAUGUUUGAUGCGAGCCAGAUUAACUCCACAACUCCUAAGCACGAUACCUCCAAUACUCAGAAUCCAGAUUCUAUGGUCUCACACAUGAACUUGGAUCCUGAUCCUCCGGAUUCCAAUCAAAGGAAAGAAGACACCAUUCUGCAUUCUGAUAUAGGAGUUAUUGAUCCUGUUUCCCCGAUGGAUGCGAUGCAUGUGGAUUGUCCUGAGUUAAUAGAGGAUGGUUCCACUAUGGAUAUUACCAUGCAUGGAGUUGAAUCUCCUAAUGAGUAA